AUGUCCCAUCUCACUAUUCCAAGUUGUAGCCUCUUACCCACACGCCACCACCUAUAUCCUCACCUUACUCCUCUGAUUGGAGAAGACCUCCCUUCUCUGGUUCUGUACUUCCUUUUCAAUUUCAGCGGCACUCCUCUUUCCACACCCAACUCUUCUGCCCACCUCACCACCAUGAACUUCACCAUCUUUUCUAAGCUAGCAUGGACGGUUGGAGAGCCUAGGCGCUCCGGUGGGUUUUCCAAGUUAUCGACAGUGUGGACGAACGAAACUGAAUCUUUGGUGUCACCGGAUGAUGCCGAGGAUCCUCGCCGGUCGUGUUUGAAUCUCGAUUGUGGGCUCAGUUAA